AUGCAGACUGCUUCUACAAACAUUUGUGAAAGACUGUGCAAUAAGUCCAUCCAUGAAAUUUCCUUGCUACUAAAUAUUCCACGGUCAACUGUUAGUGGUAUUGUAACAAAGUGGAAGCGACUGGGAACAACAGCAACUCAGCCACAAACUGGUAGGCCAUGACAGAGCGGGGUCAGUACAUGCUGAAGAGUACAGUGUGCAGAAGUCACCAGCUGCAGAGUCAAAAGCUAAAGAUCUCCAAACUUUGUGUGGCCUUCUAAUUAGCACAACAACAGUGCGUAAAGAGCUUCAUGGAAUGGGUUUCCAUGGGCGAGAAGCUGCAUCCAAG